UUCGCUUACAGUUCACUGUCAGCUCGGACUAGAAUACGUCUGCACAUUGUUUUCCACGCUAACAACUUUUCGGAAAUCAUAUUAAUUCGGGAAACUGCAAAUGCGUGCAUCGCCAUUGCAGCGAUUCUAAAUCUCCUCUCCAGUUUUAUUUUAUCAAAGGAGAUAGGGAGCCACAAUACUAUUGCUUGAACUUUUAACAGAAUAUAUUCUUUGCGCAGAGAAGAAAAAUUAGGUUCUACAUAUAUUGAAUAAGAAGUUUAUUGAGGAAGCCAAAUCAAUAUACAGGGAAUACUUGUUGGAAGGAAUUUCUUUGGCAGCUCUUUUGGAGGAUGAAAAUGGAGAAAAGGGCGCGAUGAUUAGCUGCAACGUAUUAUUUACAGUAAGAAAGGGCCAGGAAAAAUCAAAGAUUGACACGUAUUCUAGACCAAGACAAAUUAUUUAUGAAACUUGUGCAGCUGUUCGAGCGGUCGCUGACGAUGUUUUUACUAAAUACGAAUGCUCAUCAUUCAUCAACUGUAAAGGUCUGACUGUGGCACCUGAGUACGAAAGCCAAGGGAUCGGCACCGAAAUGCUUCGUACACGUGAAGAGCUUUGUAAAUUGAUCAACGUUCCAGUCAGCGCCACGAUUUUUACCGGUCAGAUGUCGCAGCGAAUGGCCGCUAGAGUGGGCUACUAACUCUUAUCCGAACUUGAUCUCACCACGUUCCGCAUCGAUGGCCAGAUUGCGAUACCUGACCCUGAUUGGCCGGUCAUUAAGUGGAUGGCAAUUAGAUACCUGUAAAGGUCUGUGUAUCAUAGACAUAUUUUAACAAUACCAUGAAUUAUUACAGAACGAGUCAAUUAAGAAAUACAUAAUGAUGCUGAGACAGAUGUCCCCUCCGAUGACGUCGACACUUUAUUCACACCAUGAUUUGCUUAUGAUCAGGUGGUGAUUGUAUGAGACCAAG